AUGGCUAAAAAACCAUCCGAUCUUCAAAUAGCACCUCCCACCUGUGGGGAACUAAUUACCGUUCUCAGCAUUGACGGAGGAGGAAUAAGAGGGAUUAUUCCAGCCACCAUUCUUGAGUUCUUCGAGUCGCAGCUUCAGGAACUGGAUGGUGAGGAUGCAAGACUUGCAGACUAUUUUGACGUGAUUGCAGGAACAAGUACCGGCGGUCUUGUGACGGCUAUGUUGACAGCUCCAGAUGAUAACAAUCGUCCUCUGUUUGCUGCCAAAGAUAUCAAGCCCUUCUACCUUGAGAACUGUCCUAAGAUUUUCCCACAGGAUAGGGGUCUAUUUGGUACUAUCACAAAGAAGAUCAAAACAGUGACAGGACCCAAGUAUGACGGGAAUUAUCUUCAUAGCAUUAUAAAGGAGAAGCUGGGAGAAAGGAGGUUGAACCAAACCCUAACCGCUGUUGUCAUUCCCACCUUUGAUAUCAAGAAACUCCAGCCUACCAUCUUCUCCAGCUUUGAGGUUAGUGAAGAUCCCACAAUGAAUGCUCUGCUUUCAGACAUAUGUAUUGGCACUUCUGCAGCUCCAACAUACCUUCCAACGUAUUAUUUCAAAAACGAAGAUAAAGACGGGAAUGUAAGAGAAUUCAACCUCACUGAUGGUGGUGUAGCUGCCAAUAAUCCGGCUUUGAUUGCAAUUGGUGAAAUCACCAAGCAUGUCUCCAAGAAAAAUUCAGAUAUCUCCCCUAUCAAACCCAUAGACUAUGGUAGAUUAUUACUCAUCUCCAUAGGAACUGGUGCAGCAAAGGUAGAACAAAAAUACAAUGCUAAUGUGGCAGCCAAGUGGGGUGCUUUAGGAUGGAUAUUUAAUGAUGGCUCAACUCCAUUAGUGGAUGUGUUCUCUCAAGCAAGUGGAGACAUGGUUGACCUCCAUCUUGGCAUUGUCUUUCAAAGCUUGCAUCCCGAAGAAAAUUACCUACGUAUUCAGGAUGAUGGAUUAACUGGGACUGUAUCUUCAGUUGAUAUUGCUACCCAGGAAAACUUGAACAAUAUUGUGAUGGCCGGAGAAGACUUACUAAAUAAACCAGUUUCCAGGAUGAAUUUAGAGACUGGCUUUACUGAACCUGUUAAAAAUGGUGUUACCAAUGCAGAGGCUCUUAAAAAGUAA